CGCAGCAGGACUGACCUCCACCGACCUGUCUGUGCAGAUCUGCAGAUCUGCGUGCGGAAGUAACCUGCACGACAAAAUGGCGAGGAAAACUUUGGGCUGAGAAAGUUGUGAUUUGGGGAGAAAUAUUCCAAAGUUAUGGUGAAGUGAGUGCAGCAGGCUCAGGUAAGGCUUUGGCAGAGCACCGGAUAGGGAGGAUUGUAAGGAUGUCUGAGGGCGCUGGGCAGGGGCUGACCCGCAGAGAGAGCUCCAGACCCGGGCUUGUGGGAUUGGUGCUGUCGGUGCUGAGUUCUACGGUGGUCCUGGCGGUGGUGGGCUGUGUGUGCGCCCUCCUCUACCCUGUCCUCAAAGAACUGCGACAGCUGAGAGGCAAAAGAGAAGAUGGAACUGAACAAAAGAUGCUGGGUUUCUGGAGCAUUUUAGUCAUCUCUCUGGUCGUGGCUGGUGUUUGCGCCGCCUCCUCCUGGAUCCUGACUCACCUGGACUCCUCCCACAACAGCAGGACACGCCCACAUGGUUCACCCCAAGACAGUGACGGGGUCGGGCUGGAUUAUGGGAUGGCUGCGCUGAAUGGCGUCAUGGCGAUGGUUACAGUUAUUUGGAGUCUCAGCUGACAAUAUUUAUGAGUGCAAUCUUGCCUUGUCUAGUUUCUAAAUGUUGAAUAUCCAGGUAGAUGCUAUCCAUGGAUUUCAGCAUGAUUAGAAUUAGGACCAUUGCCAUAGCAAUUAACAAUUUAAAACAAAAUAUAUUAUAGCUUUGGAUUAGGAAAAAGUCCUCAAAAUACAGUGUAACCAGAAACCCAUGAGUAGAUUUUAGUAGAUGAUACGCAUAACCUAAAGAGAGAGUACUGUUACUUCAAAAUACUAAGGUCUGCAGAAGUAAAUACAACAGUACUCUAUAUUGCAGUAAAAAUAUUUGUUGAAGUACAAUUUAUAUGCAUUUAAAUAUACCCGUAAAUGUAAUUAUAAUUGUACUACUCAUAUGUAACACAUUCUGUUAUGGCCAGUAGAUUCACAUGGAGCAUUAAAAUGUAUCUCUAAUAAUUGAUGCAUGUAUAGAAUUUUUGCUCACUUGUGUUUGCUUUUUGUGUUGACACUGCAAGAGCUGGAAAAAUGUUUAUGAAGUGAAUAAGUCAUAUUUUUGACCAGCAGAUAAUACUGUCAUCUAAUGUUUAGUUAUAUUGUCAGUGUUUUUAAGUCUCUUUAGUUUUGACUCCUGUCUGCAUCUACAAAAUGUUUUCUUCAUUUAUGUUCUGUACUUAAUGUAGAUCAUUUUAAAUUGUGAAAUACAUUUUUAAAUGAACUAUUAAAAAAUCU